UAUGACAUGAGCGAACUCUGAUUUAUUUAUUCUUUGUGUGUCUCAUAUUCUGUUUGCAGAAGGAUGCCUUCCACUCUGUUUUGUGCUGUUGCCGUUUUGCAGGCGUUGACCUUUAUUGCUGCUCAGACAAACACCUGCAAAGGACGAUGUGGCUCCGAGUAUUACAGAGGUUACACCUGCCAGUGUGACUACAGCUGUCUGUCUUAUGAAGAGUGCUGCAAAGACUACGAACGUCAGUGUACCACAAGAGAUUCAUGUAAAGGACGAUGUGGUGAAGUCUUCAAGAGAGGACAGCUGUGUAACUGUGACCCUGAGUGUCAGAAGUACAACCAGUGCUGCCCAGAUUACAGCAGCCACUGCAACACACAAGAUAUGAAUCAUGAAAUCCUUCCAGCUGAUGAAGCUUUGGAUAAUGGCCUGGAGGAUCCAGCUAUUAGUCCUGUUCCCGACAGCACUACUAACUCUAAAACCACCGUGACAAACAUUCAGGAUAUUACGUCUACCACAGUGUUCAUGCCACAAACAUCCACAGUCAUCUCUCAAACAUCGACAACUCACUCAGAGAAGCCCACCCAGGUCAUCCCUUCCUCCAUUAACCCGACUACUGCGGCAGCCACGGCUGAAAGCGCAGACACAGCUAAACCAGAGACGGAGUCUGAACCAGUAAAUACUGACCCACAGUCCCCCUCAACUGUUCAAUCAAUCACCAGCCAGCCCAUGACCAGCACAGCACCCCAAACUGGCCCUCCUCCAACAGUUACCAACCCAGAACCAACUGAUGCCUCGUCUCAAGAUCCACAAGUCUUUACCUUGGAUCCAGAAAAAGCUGAAAACUCAAACUCCAGCCAAGAAUCAAGUCCAACUACCAACCCAAUCCCUGUUACAGAACCAGCCUCCAACCCCACUGUGGUUCCAGUGUUCACUGGAUCCAUGCAGGCCUCGACCGCUCCACCGGGAAACACAGAACCAUACACCGACUCUCAGACUACCAUCACCGCUUCACUUAUGCCAGACGUUCAAGGUUUUUCCACAAGCGGUUCUUCAGCAGCAACUGAGAACUUGUCUACUUUUGAUCCUGAUUCUGUACCUGAGAAGGACUCCCUGACAACGAACGCUCCCUCAACAACAAAUCCAGCACCGGAUGAUGAGACCAUUGCCAAUUCACUGAAAAGCACUCAACACCCAACCAAGCCUGCACCAACAGAACCUACAACAAAACCCCUAGACAGGCCGCUCACACUUAAACCAAGUCUAGUUACUCCCACAUCCAAACCUGAGACUGAACCACCGGAGACACCGAACGUUAACAAUUCUGGAGACUAUCAAGCAGAUGACAGCAGUGACACCAACCUGUGCAGCAGGAAACCGGUCAGUGGCGUCACCACACUGAGGAACGGCACCAUGGUGGUUUUCAGAGGCACAAUCUUCUGGUUUCUGGAUAACAACAUGGAGCCUGGUCCAGCCCAAGACAUCACACAAAUGUGGGGUGUUCCUUCCCCCAUCGACACUGUUUUCACCCGCUGCAACUGCCAGGGAAAAACUUACAUUUUUAAGGGACCCAAAUAUUGGAGAUUUGAAAAUGAUGUUUUGGAUCCGGGUUAUCCUAAAGUGAUUGAAACAGGCUUUGGUGGGCUUCAGGGCCAAGUCACCGCUGCCCUCUCUGUGCCUCAGUACAAGAACAGAAGAGAGUCAGUCUACUUCUUCAAGAGAGGGGGAAAGGUCCAGAAAUACUCAUACCAGUUUGGUACCAGUCCCACGUGUGGCAGGAAACCCCAGUAUGCGAUUUACACCGCCCGCAGCCGACCAGUUCGCCAAGCAGUCUCUCUCCUAGGACCAGCCAUCACAAUCCAGAAGUUCUGGAGAGGUUUCCCGACCACUAUCACAGCUGCUGUGUCGGUACCGAAUCAGCGGGAGCCAGAAGGCUACAAAUACUACGUCUUCUCAAAAUCCACAUUCUACAACAUCAGGAUGGCUGGAGAACAGCCGGUUGUUGCUGCUCCUACAACAGAGGCAUCACGUCAGAACGACUUCUUUAAAUGUCCAAAGACCAUCUGACAAGAAAUCAGUCAACAUUCAUCUUUAUUUCAGUUUCAAAAUUUUUACUUUUCUUUGUAAAACUCACUGCUUACACUUGAAUUAUGCUCACAAUGAUACUUUCUAGUUAUGUAUAUAUAUAAAACAAACCCAGAGACACACGACAGGAUUCCAAACAAACACGUGUGCUAGACAGGAAUGUGAAAUCACCAGAUUAUGGUUGUCAAUCUUUACAGACGAUGGCCGAUGUUAGUGACAUUCAUCUGGAGAAUCCUCUCCCAUGCGAACCCCGAGAGGGAAAUGCUUGUCCUGUGCAAUAAAACACAAAAUAAAACUUUUUUUUUUUCAACAAU